UCGCCGGGACGAGACCCAUUCGUUCAUUCCAGCCCACUCUUGCUCCAACAUUUGUGACAUUCGUGAGCCAGUCUCGCAAUCGGCGUCGCACCCGGCGCUCAAUCCCAUUCCCAUCCUUCCAACUUUCUGGCCUAGUACUCCGUAGACGGGCGGGCAAGCAGGCAGGGAGGCCAGGCAGUGCUCCCCCAGUCAGUAAGCCGGUGUCCCAGUCUGGCCAGAGUACGUAUCGCCGUACCCACGACCCAGUACGGUACCCACGACCCACGCACCCGCCCGCCCUCCACCCCCCUACCUAGGUACCCAUCCUGCUGGCCAGAGCCCACGCAACCCAGACACCCAGCCAAAGCAAUCGUCGGGCGCCCUCCCCCCCAAUCCCACCGGCUCCCAAUCUCCCAGCUUUCCUCCUCCCACACCCCCCCAGCCCCAGGCCCUUUUGCGCUCGAUCCUCGAGCACUUUCUCGCCCAGAAACGAGACCUAGAAGCUCAGUGUUUCAAUAGUUUUUGUUGCGCAGUGAAAUCCUACCAUUUCUUUAUUCAACAACAACUGUAUUUCACACCCGUAUUACUCUGGGUGCUCCUUUUGCCUCUUACGUGUCAUCCCUUUUGCCCGUGACGCUCCCACCCAGAGCAAGGCGCGGAGAAAAAGGCUCGACAAACACACGGGGAGGCCUGUUCUGCCCUGUUUUCUACCCUGCCCGGCCCGGCUCUCACUCCAGCUCAGCUCAGUCCUGUUUGCGACACCGCUGCUGCUGCUCCUCCUGCACCCUGCCAGCCUGCAAACGCUCCCUCCACGCCCACGCCCACUUCCAACCUCGAGGCCACCCCAGACCCAGAGGGCCCUGGUCCUGACCUCUGCCCUCCUCCGUCCUGUCCCGCCUGCACCGUGAAAGGGAGAGAGGUCCUGCUGGGUGCUUCUAGAAGAUCAGAGGCCUCAUCACCUCCCACUCCCUCACGGUCUCUGUUGUCCGUCUGUUUGUGUCGUCCGCUCGAGCUCUGGCAGCGUAACAUAGUCCUUUGGAGCACGAAAAUCGUUUGCGCAUCAUUCAUUUCGUACGCUCCUUUUGAGCCUUGUGCCUGUGUCGCGCAAGCUCUCAUCUCAUUCCGCGAGGCUUUUACUAGUUCUCGCUGGGCCCUCUUCCUCUCCUUGUUCGCUCAAGGCCGCAGCAUCUCUGCUCUUCGACGACUGUGUUGUGGUGUGACGCAAACGCAUCGCAUCGGGCCCGGUUGGUCCUUUUCGCAACUGGCCACAUCAUCGUCACUGCGCCCGCCACGCCCUGCACGCAACGACCGCACCGCAGACGCUUGGGGCUCCGACCAUCCGACUCAUCCCAGGCCGGACCCACCCCAGCCUGCAGCCAAGAGCCACGCUAGUCAACUAGCGCCCCCUCUCCCUUGUUACGUCAGCCUGCGCGACAGUUGCCUAGACGCCUCUCGUGGCGACUACAAAACAACGAGUUCAUCGCGGCGCGUCGAGUCUAGCCCGGAGUUUCCCCGUCACCACCGUGACCACGGAAACGCAACACUAUUCGUGAAAUGUUCCGCUUCUGGAGUGGUGAUGCAAAGGCAGAUGACAGGCACGCUGAGGCCGACCAGACCAUGACGAUGUGCUCCAAAGACUUGCCAAGCCUGGCGACGAGCCCACGCUCACUCAAAAGAAAGGCGUCUCCCGCACACGACGGCAGUGAUGAUGACGGUGUUUGCGCAAAACGGGCAAAGGUUGACUACAGCGUCGCCACACCCCCAGAAACUCCCGCCAUGCCACGUCAAGAGUACUUCGCAUCGCAGUCUCCACAGGCAGUCGCGCCGAACACUGAUCGAGUAGUUGACAUUAUCAACCAGCAGUUUGGUACAGAGAUAUUACUGAAGCAUCAGGAGUUGCGCUUCAUCAACCAGGAGCUUGCCAAAUGUCAGGUCGCUCUGGAACAGCUGCGUCGGUGCCACCUCAUACCAUAUCCUACUUCGUGUCCCACCCCACAACAGAUGUUGGAAAUCUCGCAGGGCAAGGGUUCAGCCGUCCAAGGUCGGGCUGGAGAGCCUGCUGCACAGUGGGCACCGCCUUUCGGAGUGACGGACGGUCCCUAUGCUCGUCACUAUGCCAAGUGGCUGAUCCCAGAUCCCAAGUUUGGAGACGUUGUGCCCGAGUGGCACGGCUUGUCUGUUAUCCCAAGGAACACGGUUGAAGGGCGGACAACGAGGAACAGUCUUUCUGAGGCUACAACCAUCGGCAAAAGGGUCGCCCGUGGACAGACCGGCCAGAAGCUUUCUACCACUUAUCCGCCACCGAAGCCGAAGGCGCCUUGCAUUGUCAAGAGGAGCAACGGUGUGGUUGUCAAGCUUGUGUGCAACUCGUGUCACAGGGACAAUUUUAGUAGCACCCAAGGCUUCAUCAACCAUUGUCGAAUCGCACAUAGGAAGGAGUACAAGUCUCAUGAGGAGGCUGCUAUUGAUUGCGGGCAACCGAUCAGCGUCAGCGAAAGCAGCGCCACCAUCAACACCAACAACACUGCCACCACUUCCACCACUGCCACUACCACCGAAGAGAAGACCCCAAGCGCCCCCGCACCCGGCAUUGUUCAUCCUCUUGCACGAACAGACGCAACGGCUGAGCAAAAUGCCUAUGCGGCUCUUCUCAAGCGCAUCAACGAAUCACUCAAGUCCUGUCGCCAGGGCACUACCCCCAAGACCCUUGGUACCACGUCCUCAAGUCCUUCUGUGAAGGAAGAAGGGAAGCCAUCGAAGAGUUUCGCUGCUGCACCCGGGACACCUUUUCUCUCCGAUUUACUCAAACAACGAGACUUCCAGGGCGAUCUCAAUCAGCAUGUGGAGGAUGCUAAGUGCAAAGUGGACGUUGAUGAUUACUUGUCAGCUGACGAAGAGUCUGACGAUGGAGAGCGGUGUACGUCCUCCAACGUGGACCACCCGGCCGUGAACAAGGUGUCGACGGCUGGGGCUCGCGUUCCCGCGUCCGGAGUGCGUAUCCCCGCGCGAGCCGUCCCUCCUCCUGCUGUUGGGCCACGCCCACCUAGCAGCAAGGGGCGGUCUCCGCAUCUCGCUUUCACUUCGACAGCAUCAAAGCUUCUCCCAAGUGUUCCCGUCAAAGACGAAGAUGACUCCAGCUUCGAUGAUGCCACCUUGAUGGAUGUUGACCACAGCCCGAACACUGCGACCAGUAACAACGCCCCGUCAUUAGUUAGCGACGACGGUGGAGACGACGAAUCCGACGAUGGCUCAUCUUCAGACGCUUCUGAUGACGGCUCUCUGACCGAGGUCACCGAAGUCAAUAUCGAGUAUCCCGACGUGCAAGAUCUCUCGCAGCACGGAAGUAACAGUGGUGCCAGGGCAAAGGACGAGAGUAGGCAUGUCACCUUCGUCACGCCCCUGACUGGCAAAGCCGCUACGCGACGCAAGCCUUGAGCAAUUCACGCGCGGAACCUGCUCGAUUUACGAAUUUUACGAGCGCUCACGUUAUGACUACACUUUUAAUAUGUCGGAUGUUUCAGCGCUGCCGUUUUCACUUUUUUUUUUGGAUUCGAAAACCGUCGAGCACAAAAGCUGGAGCGUAUUGAUCUCAGCCCAAGAUCUUCGCCUCUCGCUAUCGGGGCCGAUUCUCACUGAUGUGAGGAUUCGGGCUUUCCCACUAGGGCAACUUUUUUUCGGGGCGCAAAUUGUCUCCGUGUACAACCAGAUUGUGCGACAGUCACAACAUAGAGAAAACACAGCGACGGGCCCACCCGUUGUUCGAGUCGUCAGAUUGACGAUGUUGUUUUGAAGGGGGCUGGCUUCGUCACGAAUAGAUUUAUUGGCAGGGAAAACUGGGUGGAGCUUCUGCAUGGGACGUCCAGUGGGGACAAGAAAGAGAGAGGAAGACCUUGAAGCAGUGUGUCCUUGAUACAUAUCUGUUAUUACCCUGUACAUACAUACCCCAUACACGAUCAGAUGAAUUGAAGAUGAGAUACCACACC